AUGGGCACGAAUGGGAAAAGAGAGGCUGCUGAACGCAUUCGUCGUAUUACGGACGUAACUGAAGAACCACGCGAAAUGCAUGCACCAAUUAUUGGUUAUGCAGAUAUGCCAAUCGUACCACUUGAAGAUGCUGUCGAGGCACUUGUUCCUCUUUUGCCUGCCGUUCGAAUGUAUUCGGUUACCGCUAAAGAACGAUGCAAAAAUCCACCAGCUGAUGGAUUAACACUCGAUGAAUCUGCUUCGAUUAUGCUCUAUUCGAUGGAUUGGAUACCACGUGAUCAAUGUCUCUAUGUCGCUUUAAAUGCCUCACUUCGAUCAGAAGAUAGAGAAAAUCUCAAACCAUGGUUACUGUAUCUGAAACUUUUUCUAACUGCUUUGCAACGACUUCCAUCAGAACAUGCAACAGUGUUUCGCGGAGUCAAAGCGGAUUUUCGCAACGAAUAUCCGAAAGGCAAUACCAUCGUUUGGUGGGCAUUUUCUUCUUGUACAACCUCGAUCGAUGUUUUGAACGAAGAGAUUUUCUUGGACAAAACAGGCGAGAGGACAAUAUUUGCUGUUACAUGUAGUUCGGGCAAAGAUAUUCGAAAGCAUUCUUAUUUUCCAUCAGAAGAUGAAAUACUACUUCUUGCAGCUACUCAGUUCAAAGUUGGUGACAGUCUCGAUCAAGCCGAUGGCCUUCAUAUCAUUCAACUGCAAGAAAUAAACCCAGUCCAUCCUCUCCUACAACCAGUGCUUGGUUCAAGUUCAAAUAAUCUAUCAACAGAUCAACCAAUACAUACAACAAUGCAUACAAUAACAGAUCCAAUACCUGAAUUAGGUGUUGAUACACCACAUCUUGAAGAAUUACGUUGUUUACUUACUCGUAUUAAUGAUUGGGGUUUAGACAUAUUUCGUAUUGAAGAUUUAAGUGAUCAACGACCAUUAACAGUAAUAACAUAUCGAAUAUUUCAAGAACGUUCACUUUUUGGAAUAUAUGCUAUCGAACCUCAUACAUUAAUAUCUUAUUUGCUCACACUUGAAGAUCAUUAUCAAUUAGUACCAUAUCAUAAUAAAACUCAUGGAGCUGAUGUUUGUCAAUCAAUGCAUGUCUUGCUCAAUGCUUCGACACUUGAUGGUGUAUUUACUGAAUUGGAAAUUAUGUCGGCAAUAUUCGCAUCGGCAGUACAUGAUGUCGAUCAUCCCGGUGUAAAAAAUCAAUUUUUAAUGAGUACAAACAGUGACUUAGCCACGAUGUAUAAUGAUGAAAGUGUUCUUCAAAAUCAUCAGUUAGCUGUGGCAUUUAAAUUACUACAAGCUAAUGAAAGAAACAUAUUUUCAAAUUUAACAGCUAAACAAAUGAAAACUCUGCAUAAAUUAGUUACUGAUAUGGUUUUAGCAACAGAUAUGUCUAAACAUAGACAAUUAUUGAUAGAUUUAAAAACAAUGGUUGAAUCAAAAAAAGUUACAGAAAAUAAUGUAAUUACGCUUGAAUCAUAUGAUGAUAGAAUUUUGGUGCUUCAAAAUAUGAUUCAUUGUGCGGAUUUGUCAAAUCCAACAAAACCAUUAGAUAUUUAUAUAAAAUGGACUGAUCGAAUAAUGGAAGAAUUUUGGAGACAAGGUGAUAAAGAACGUGACCUUAGAUUAGAAAUAUCACCUAUGUGUGACAGACUUGUAGCUAAUGUUGAAAAAAAUCAAGUUGGUUUCAUUGAAUUUAUUGUACGUCCAUUAUGGGAAACAUGGGCGGAUUUAGUUUAUCCGGAUGCAAGUGCUAUUUUGGAAACAUUAGAACAGAAUCGUGAUUGGUACCAAGCUCGUCUUUCGUCCCCUCCAUCACCAUCUACAGCCACAAAUAUAUAA